AUGGGAAGCCUGAAGACUCAUGCGGCGCAAAUGGAUCGCAAUAAAGUCAAAGACUUUGACCCCGAAGACGAUGCAAAUCUGAGACCAGCCGACAGUGACGCUUCUGAGUCUGAGGAAGGUGAACGAAACAAUGCAGGCCGUGAACACUACGAAGCGGUCGAUAAAAGCCGGUUGCGAAAGUCAGCGCAGCCCAUUCUUGGGACAAAAUAUGACGGCGUGGCUGUGACUCGUAAAGCGCUGGAAGAUGACGAUGAAGAGGAUCCAUUUGCGCCAGUUGACGAAGACGACGAGGAGGAUCCCUUUGCCACAAAGGCCGGACAUGUUUCCGGCUCCGACGACGAGUCAGAAGACGCUGACGAUCAGGAUCUGGAGUCAGAAGCUGAAGAGGAUGAGGAGAUUGACAGUGACGAGGCGUUGGGCGAGAGCGACGUGGAGCGUUUCAAGCACUUGAAAUUUCGCGGCAGCAAGAGGAAUCAGACACAGGCCGCCGGAUCAGAUGAGGACGGGCUCACAGGAGCAGACACAGACACGGAUCCAGAGGAUCGGCUUUCAGACGAGUCCGACAAUAAAUCCAGCGACCCUUCAGACAUUGACAUGGGGGACGAAGAGGACGAAGAUCAUGCUUCCUCGGCAUCUUCAGCCACUUCUCCGCCUCCACGGAGCAGCAAAUCAGCACGUUCCGUGGAUCGCGAAGAACUUAGAAGAGCCGCAGAAUCAGCAUCAACUGCUGGGCUGGCGUCUGCGCUUUCGGCUGGAGCCAAUGCCGACGUGAAGAAAGGUCACGCGGUCAAACAACAGCGGCAGGCCUUCGAACGCCUCUUAGAUGCCCGGAUCAAGCUACAAAAAGGUGUUGCUGCUAUGAACGAGUUGCCCUCGGAUACGAUCAGCGAUGAGGAAGCCAGAGCUGCCGCAAGAAAAGCCGAGGAUGCCGCGCUCGCGUUAUGGUCAACUAUUGAUUCCAUCCGCUCCAGCAUCCUCUCUUCCCAGAUUGGCACUUCCCCCGACUCCAACACUCCAGAACGAAAACGCAAACUCAUUCCGACACGCUCAACCCCCCUUACACAAAUCUGGGAACACACCACGUCUCUCGAGACGCGAGCCCAGGCACACCGCCGCACAGUCCUUGACAAAUGGCACGCCAAAACCCAACCAAUUCUCGACACUACGCAACAACGAUCAAAGCUUCUAAAGCCGUCACAAGGAGGGAAUCCCCGCCUCACAGACGUGCUCGACACCUACCUGCUCUCAGAAUCCCCCAAAAUCACUUCUCAUUCCUACUCUCCCUCGACCCAAACAUUUGACGACACUACAUUCUAUCAAUCCCUCCUCCGCGAUCUGAUCGCUUCCCGCUCAGCAGCGAACUCCAGCGGCGUUCUCACAACGCAGUUGGCUGGACCGCAGAAAUUACAUCCAAGCGGCAGUAAAACCAAAAAGAUUGACACCAAAGCGUCCAAAGGUCGCAAGAUCAGGUAUACGGUACACGAAAAGCUGGAGAAUUUCAUGGCACCUGAGGAUCGAAACACGUGGACGGAGGCCGCAAGGGCAGAGUUCUUCGGGAGCCUACUAGGGAAUGUGAAUGCAUUGGCAGAGAAGGAAGUAGGUGGGAUGGAUGAAAUGGAGGAGGAGAUCACCGAAGGAGAGGCGUUGAGGUUGUUUAGAAGCUGA